CCUUUCCGAGGCGCCCCCGGCGCUUGCUUCGCCCCCUCGCCUGGCUGGGCCCUCCGGCCUGGGGAUGCUGGCGGUGGGGCCGAUGGAGGGCAGCCCCCGGCCCAGCGCCUUCCUCCUCAGCAGCCCGCCCUUGGCCGCCCUGCACAGCCUGGCCGAGAUGAAGACCCCGCUCUACCCCGCCGCCUAUUCGCUGCCCAAUCCUGGCUCCGGAGCGGCGCCCAGCGGGCCUUCCUCCUUGUCCUCCUCCUUGUCCUCUUCCUCUUCUUCCUCCUCCUCCUCCUCGGCCUCGGCCUCCCCGUCGCCCCCGCUGUCCUCCCCGACGCCCCCCGUGCUCCUGAAGGCCCCCUCGGGGCUGAGCUCCCCCCCGCAGCACCAGCACCCGCACCAGCUCCCCCUCGGCGCCGCCGCCACGCCGCACGGCAUCAACGACAUCCUCAGCCGGCCCUCCGUCCCCGCCUUGGCCUCGGUCUCCUCGACGGCCUCGCUCUCGCCGUCCGUCUCUUCCUCCUCCGUCGCCAUCGCGGCCUCCACGGCGGCGGGGCUCCUGGCGGGGCUGCCGCGCUUCUCCAGCCUCAGCCCCCCGCCGCCGCCGCCGCCCCCGCCGCCCCCGGGCCUCUACUUCAGCCCCGCCGCCGCCGCCGCCGUCGUGGGACGCUACCCCAAGCCCCUGGCCGAGCUGCCCGGCAGGACGCCCAUCUUCUGGCCCGGAGUCAUGCAGAGCCCGCCCUGGAGGGACGCACGCCUCGCCUGCGGAGCCCACCAAGGCUCGAUUUUGCUGGACAAGGACGGGAAGAGGAAGCACACGCGGCCCACCUUCUCCGGGCAGCAGAUCUUCGCUUUGGAGAAGACUUUCGAGCAGACCAAGUACUUGGCCGGGCCGGAGCGCGCCAGGCUGGCCUACUCGCUGGGCAUGACCGAGAGCCAGGUCAAGGUCUGGUUCCAGAACCGCCGGACCAAGUGGCGGAAGAAGCACGCGGCGGAGAUGGCGACGGCCAAGAAGAAGCAGGACUCGGAGACGGAGCGGCUGAAGGGCGCCUCGGAGAACGAGGAGGAGGACGACGACUACAACCGGCCCCUGGACCCCAACUCCGACGACGAGAAGAUCGCCCAGCUGCUCAAGAAGCACAAGGCCGGCGGAGGAGGAGGCGGAGGGGGAAGCGGAGGGGCGGUCGGGGCCGGGCUCCUGCUCCACACGUCGGAGAACGAGGGCUCUUCUUAGGCGAAGGACCGCUCGGAGGACAAGUGUACAGCUCUAUUUUUCUAUCCAUCCGCAGGAGGAGAAGGAAAGAAAGAAGGAAGGAAAGGAAGGGAAGGAAUGGGAAGACCCUCGACGGCUCCUCAGUCCCACCCCC